CUUCACCUUCUUGAGGAAAAUAACCAACCAGACAGGUAAGAAUUAAUCAAUUUUAGUCCUGUAAUUACAGUCAACACCAAUUUUGCAGGGUUAAAUAAUUCUGCCAUAUGUCAUCUUCACAGGAUGCUUUUCAUUGCUGUCUUUGUGCUUCUUGCAGCUUCUGCUUCAGCUGCCUGUAAGUGGCCAUGAGUUGCAUUUGAUAUUUCACCAUUCAAUUAUGUGUUUUUAUAAGAAUUUACAAUGAAGCAACUAAUAUUAAUAAUGGACUGUGUGUGAUUUUAGAAUCUGCACUGUUUUUAUCUAUAUGCUUCAUGGCUGUCAAAAGCUUUAACUGCCUCGUGAGGUCUUUGUUCUUCCUUCUUGCAGUCCAGCCUCACUACUCUUUCUCCCCUUCUGUCGGGUCAGGAGGUGGCACCUCAUUUGCUAUCACUGGAGAAGAUAGGAUCACAGCUGUAAAGGUCUGGGAUACGUACGGUGGCCACAUCAGAGGCAUUCAGUUCCGCUAUGGCUUCGUCUGGUCUUCUGUUGCUGGUUUCUCAUACGGCAACUUACAUGAGCUUGAUCUGUUUGAUGAUGAAGCCAUCAUCCAGAUCUCUGGGAAAUAUUCUCACUAUGUGCAGUCAAUAGUGUUCAACACCAACAUGGGCCGCUCCCUGUUUGCAGGCCAGCCUUAUGGUCAUUCUUUCAACAUGUAUCCUGAAAACAGUCAGGCUGAGCUGCACUUCAUCAGUGGCCGUGUGCAUGGAGGGAUCACUUCAAUUGGAGCACACUGGGCUGUUUUUGAACCAAACUUCAACCACACUGCGCACUGAGGACAGUAGCAGAGGAGCUGAUUGUCAUCAUCUGCUCAGUUUUUGGACAAAAACGAAAGGCACGCAUUGCACUUUGCACAAAAUUCU